AUGAUCCGUCACGUUCUACGUCUCCCGUGUCGUCGAGGUGUUUCCACGCUGCGCACAGUCCAGGAAUUCGACUACGUCAUCGUCGGUGGAGGUUCAGCCGGGUGCGUCCUCGCCAAUCGACUGAGCGCUGACGCGUCCAAUUCCGUUUUGCUGCAACACUUAAAUGGACGCUGCCUGACGUGGCCACGUGGACGAGUUUUAGGUGGCUCGUCUUCGAUUAACGCCAUGCUCUACAGCCGGGGGCAUUCAUUGGACUACGACGACUGGCAACAAGCUGGAGCUGACGGAUGGAGUUAUGCUGACUGUUUGCCGUACUUUAAGAAGGCUCAGACCCAUUCACUUGGUGCUGACGAGUAUCGUGGAGGUGACGGCACAUUGCAUGUAACGACAACGAGACCAGCCGCUGUACCAAACGACGUGAAUGGACACCAACAGGAAGGUGUAGGGUGGUUGGAUCAUACGAUCCACAACGGACAGAGAUGCAGUGCUUCUGCUGCGUACUUAACUGACUCUGUAUUGGCACGUGAGAACUUGAUAGUUGCUACCGAUACAUUCGUCAACAAAGUGUUGUUUGAAGGGAAGAAAGCUGUGAUUCUAUCGAGUGGAGCGAUCAAUUCUCCACAGUUACUGAUGCUUUCUGGUGUGGGAGACGCCGAGCACUUGAGAAAGAUCGGAGUCCCCGUCGCACACCAUCUCCCCGCGGUCGGACAGAACAUGGAGGAGCAUCUCGGUGUCUAUCUCCAUGUCGCGUGUAAGAAACCGGUGACGCUUUACCAUGCAACGCCACAUUUCCCGCGCAAGAUGGCGUGGAUGGGGAUCCAGUGGCUGGUCUCCAAGACUCGCAUGGGCACCUCGUCACACAUUGAAGCCGGCGGCUUCUUCCGUAGUGCAUCCGGUAAACGGCAUCCUGAUCUCAAGUGGCAGUUCUUGCCUGGUGCGAGUGACGAAGACCGUCAGCUCUUACGGGACGGCCACGCCAUGAUGUUGCAUUGUACAGCACUACGCGCGACGAGCCGAGGCUACAUCAAGUUGCGAAGUGCCAACCCGCGUGACAGUCCUGUCAUCCAACCCAAUUACUUGGCGACUGAGUCCGAUCGUGUGGAUAUGCGCAAUGGCGUGCGGUUGACACGUGAAGUUCUGAUGCAACAAGCGCUCGAUGAAUAUCGAGGAGAAGCGAUCUCUCCGAUCGCGGGAGUACAGUCGGACGCUGAGAUUGACGCGUGGAUUCGGCAAAAUGCUAGUACGGAUUACCACCCGUCCAGCACGAAUCGAAUGGUGCACGGGCUUGAAGGACUGCGCGUGGUGGACGCUUCGAUCAUGCCCAAUAAUGUUAGUGGGAACCUCAACGCACCCACCAUUAUGUUAGCUGAAAAGGCUGCUGAUAUUAUCCUUGGUAACCCGGCACCACCCAAGUCCAAUGCGUUGGUAUAUGAAUCGACGAAUUGGGAGACAAGUCAGCGGUGA